AUGGCGGCGGCGCUGCGGUUGUGGAGGCGCGGUGUCCGUGGCGCUGCGGCGGCUUGCUUCUCUGGCACCGGGCGGUUUUUCAGCUGUGGGCCAAAUAUGCUGCAUCAAGACAGCAAAGCUCCGCAAGCUGCAUUCUUUCCACCUCUUCAAAAAGUGAUGUUGCCACCAAAUACCUUUCAAGGGAAAGUGGCCUUUAUAACUGGUGGAGGUACUGGGAUUGGCAAAGGGAUGACAACAACUUUGUCCAGUUUAGGUGCCAUAUGUGUUAUAGCAAGCCGGAAGCUUGAUGUUUUGAAAGAAGCAGCAGAAGAAAUUUCUUCUAAAACAGGGAAUAAGGUUCAUGCCAUCCAGUGUGAUGUGAGAGAUCCAGUUUCGGUUAAGAACACUGUUGCCGAAAUAAUCCAAGUGGCAGGACAUCCUGAUGUUGUGAUAAACAACGCAGCUGGAAACUUUAUUUCCCCUUCUGAACGACUUUCUGCUAAUGCAUGGAAAACAAUAACUGAUAUUGUGCUUAAUGGUACUGCUUUUGUAACUCUAGAAAUCGGAAAGGAGCUCAUUAAAGUGCAAAAAGGAGCAGCAUUCCUGGCUAUUACAACAAUUUAUGCAGAGAGUGGUUCAGGAUUUGUGUUGCCGAGUGCCUGUGCCAAAGCUGGUGUAGAAGCAAUGAGCAAGUCUCUUGCGGCUGAAUGGGGUAGAUAUGGCAUGAGAUUCAAUGUGAUUCAACCAGGUCCAAUAAAAACGAAGGGUGCUUUUAGCCGCCUUGACCCAACAGGCACGUUUGAGAAGAAAUUUUAUGAGAGGAUUCCCUGUGGCCGUCUGGGAACUGUAGAAGAAAUUGCAAAUCUUGCUGCCUAUUUCUGCAGUGACUAUGCAAGCUGGGUUAAUGGAGCAGUUAUUAGAAUGGACGGUGGAGAAUAUGUUUCGAUGGCAGGAGAAUUCAAUGAUUUGAGGAAGGUUUCCAAAGAGCAGUGGGAUAUGCUGGAAGCAAUGAUUAGGAAAACGAAAGGCUCUUAAAGUAUGUAACGGUAUGGUGGGGAUUUUUGGAAAUGAAGCACUACUUUUUCAUGAAUAUUUAGAAAUAACCAAUUGAGAAAUAGCCUUCAGAAUCUUUUGUAUGCUGAUUUCAACAAAACAUUUUGAAAUUGUC